CACACAGUCACUUGUGCCUCUGCUGAGGACACACAGCACUGAAGGGAAUUCCUUUCCUCUGAUCAGGAGGAGACUUUUCCCUAAUAAACAUUUAAAACUCAAUGAUCUGCACCUGUGUGGAGGCAGACGUGAGCUCUCAGACCUGCAGGUGGCAUUCAUCCCAAGAAACAGGGGAUUCCCUUUGCACGGUCAGCUGCAGUGUAUCAGACUGAUUAUGAUGAAGAGGCUUCUGCUCCUGAGUCUACUCCUCUUGUUGGGUGUCAGAGGUCAAAAUUUAGCACCGUGUCCAAAUCUUUGCUCCUGCCGUGGCAGUCAGGUGGACUGCAGCGGGAGGUCUCUCACCAGCUCCUCACUCCCCACCCGGUUCCCCGAUGGCACCACUGAGCUCCGUCUCCAUAACAACCUGCUGACCUCCCUCCCCAACAACCUGCUGGACUCCCUGACCUCCCUGCGCUCUGUCUCUGUGUACGGCAACCCAUGGGCGUGUGACUGCGGCAUCCUCUACCUGAGAGCCUGGCUGCGGCGCCAGCCUGCCGGCGGCUCGUCACACCAGCACGCCAACUGCAGCUCCCCUCCCAGGCUGAGGGGGAGGCUGGUGGUGGAUCUAACUGAGGAGGAGGUGCUGGAGUCCUGCCACUACUGGUACUGUGACCUGGCUGUGGCCUCGCAGGUGUGUCUGUUUGUGUUUGUGCUGGUGCAAGCGCUGCUGCUGGUGGCCGUCAUCUUUUUCCUGAAGAAGUUUGAGAGGCUGUCCAGGGAGGCGAGGAGAGCCAAAGAGGAGAGCUUCUCUGUCGGGCAGAGCCUGAUGGAAAACGAGUAUGAGCCUGUGAAGGACAGCAGCAUCUGAGACGGAGGAAAGAUGCUCUCUGCUGUGUUUCUCUCAGAUACAAGCGUUUAUUUUAGUGCUUUUGUUGACUUAUGAACUCCAUGUUGCCUUUUCCAAAGGGGGUUGUUGAAUAAGAAACAGCAAUAAGUGAAAGUAGUCUGCUUCUGAAUGCAGUCAGGCAGCUGAUGUGAGGAGAAUUUUUGUUGUUUUUCCAAUUAUAUGCACAAAUUAUUUUUUUAACAUGACUAUUUUUAAAUUCAUUGAUAGAAAAUAAUCAAGUGUGCAAGCUCUUUGAGCUAAUGCGUUCCCAUGAAAUAUUUCGAACUGAUGACUGAACUGUGCCUUGUGAAUAUUAGACCCCUUCACAAAUAUAUUAUUUUAAAUCCACACUGCGCAAAACUGUAUUUGGACCUGUAACAAAACCCCAUGAUAAUUUUAAUAGGUACAUUGUGUUUACAUUUUGUAGCUCAUUAUAACGUAUUUGUUUCUGGAUACUAUUUGGUUUUUAUCAAUA